GGGGGUGAGGGCGGGGACGGACACACAGACAGACGCAGAUACGGACACACACCCCCCGCACAGCACCCCAAGUGUCCACAACUUUUGGCCGCCUUCGCCCAGGGCGCAGAGGCCAGGUGUGGGAGUGUAAUGUGCGUAGAGAGAAAUAGAUUUUAAAAAGAAGGAAGAGUGAAGGGAACAGAAGGGGGAGAAAAGGGAAUAGUGAGAAAGGGAAAGAAGGAGAAAGAAAAGAGUUUCCUAGCGUCCAAGAGAGUGAAAGAGCCCGAAGGAGCGGAAGCGAUCCUGGGGGGAAGAGGAGCGCAGAGAGGGGAGGGGAGAGGAAGGGCGAGGAGGAGUAGUGAAAACUAGAGGAGAGCGAAGGAAGCGAGGCGCGACACUGCUCGGGGAGAGGAGGGCAGUGAGGAGCGAGGCGCGGGCAGAGGCACCUCCGCUGCCGAGAGGAGGGAGUGCGGCGCAGAGAGGAGGGGCUUGCGGGCCCGUAGAAAUGUCAAUCAGAGCCCGGAGCCCCGGGAAUCUCCGCCAAUCUGUUCGGACCUGACCUGGCUCCUCGCCGCCGCCGCCGCCGCCGCCGCGGAGCAGAUCAAUAGGCGAACGCGGAGCGCAGCGCAGCGCAGCGCGGGAGGCAGCGCGGCCCCAGCCCGGCCCAGCGCCCGAUGCGCGCCGGAGCCCGCGGGCGGCGCUGAGCUGGGCGGCCCCGGGGGCCGGGCCCCCUCUCUGUCCGUGCCCCGCGGGCCACCAUGUCCUUCCCCCAGCUCGGAUACCAGUACAUCCGCCCGCUCUACCCACCCGAGCGCCCGGGGGCCACCGCUGGCAGUGGCAGCGCUGGGGCCCGGGGCGGCCCGGGAGCCGGAGCCUCGGAGCUGGCCGCCUCGGGGUCUCUGUCCAACGUGCUCUCGUCCGUGUACGGGGCGCCCUACGCCGCGGCGGCAGCGGCGGCCGCCGCCGCCCAAGGCUACGGCGCCUUCCUGCCCUACGCCGCGGAGCUGCCCAUCUUCCCGCAGCUGGGCACGCAGUAUGAGCUGAAGGACAGCCCGGGGGUGCAGCAUCCGGCCGCGGCCACCGCGUUUCCACACCCGCACCCCGCCUUCUACCCAUAUGGCCAGUACCAGUUCGGCGACCCGUCCCGUCCCAAGAACGCCACCCGGGAGAGCACUAGCACUCUCAAGGCCUGGCUCAACGAGCACCGCAAGAACCCCUACCCCACCAAGGGCGAGAAGAUCAUGCUGGCCAUUAUCACCAAGAUGACCCUCACGCAGGUGUCCACCUGGUUCGCCAACGCGCGCCGGCGCCUCAAGAAGGAAAACAAGAUGACUUGGGCGCCCCGCAGUCGCACUGACGAGGAGGGCAACGCUUACGGGAGCGAGCGCGAGGAGGAAGACGAGGAGGAGGAUGAAGAAGACAGCAAACGCGAACUGGACCUGGAGGAGGAGGAGCUCGCUGGGGAGGAGGAGGACACCGGGGGCGAAUGCCUGGCGGACGACGAUGAGGAUGAGGAGAUCGAUUUGGAGAACUUGGACGGCGCGGCCGCCGGGCCUGAGCUGGCCCUGACUGGGGCGGCGCACAGGGACGACGACCUCGGCCUGGGACCCAUUUCAGACUCCAAGAAUAGUGACUCGGACGACAGCUCCGAGGGCUUGGAGGAGCGUCCACUGCCCGUCCUGAGUCUGGCCCCAGCGCCACCGCCGAUGGCCGCGGCUCCGCCAUCUCCGCCCUCGCCCCCAGCGGGCCUGGACCCCUGCGCUCCUGCACCAGCGCCCGCUUCCGCCCUGCAGAAACCCAAGAUCUGGUCCCUGGCCGAGACGGCCACAAGUCCGGACAACCCGCGCCGUUCGCCCCCGGGCGCGGGGGGUUCUCCCCCCGGAGCAGCUGUCGCGCCCCCAGCUCUGCAGCUCUCUCCGGCCGCCGCCGCGGCUCACAGACUCGUCUCGGCGCCGCUGGGCAAGUUCCCCGCUUGGACCAACCGGCCGUUCCCAGGUCCGCCGGCCGGCGCACGCCCGCACCCGCUCUCCCUGCUCGGCUCGGCCCCUCCACACCUGCUGGGACUUCCCGGAGCCGCGGGCCACCCUGCCGCCGCCGCCGCCUUCGCUCGGUCGGCGGAGCCCGAAGGCGGAACAGAUCGCUGUAGUGCCUUGGAAGUGGAGAAAAAGUUACUCAAGACAGCUUUCCAGCCGGUGCCCAGGCGGCCCCAGAACCACCUGGACGCAGCUCUGGUCUUAUCGGCUCUCUCCUCAUCCUAGUCCUUUUUAAAAAAUUUUUUAAAUCAUUGUAAUAAUUGUAAAAAAAAAUCGUUCUGUAUAGUUAUGACUUGUAAGCAUGUCCGUGUACGAAUACCUAAAAAGAAAACUAAACAAAAAAAGAAAGAAAAAGAAAUAAAGCAAGUCCCCCUCAGUCCUCCCCCAGUUGCUUCUGUACCCCGCAUUAGCUGAGUGUGAGAUUUGUUUGUUCAGUUGAUUUUGGGGGGGUGGAGUUUCAGUAAGAAUAAGUGUGUCUGACUUUUUUGUAUAUACAGGAAAAUGUAUAUAUGUGUGAACCAAAUUGUACAAGAAAGUAUCUAUUUUUGGCUAAAUAAAUGAGCUGUUGCCACUUUGACUAUA